AUGUACUUUAUUGUUGCGACCCUCUUUCCCGCCAUGGAUCAGGCUAUCAAGAGGAAUGAGGUUGUCAUGACUGCUUCGGAAGGCGUGGAAGUAGGUUCCACUAUCGGAACGCUUUCUUCUCAUAGUGGUGGGCGGGAGUCGUCUUAUCUCGGUAUGGUCGAUGGAGAUGCUCUAUUCAACAUCGAAAAGGACGGGAAGGUGGUUGUAGCGAGACCUAUCGAUCUGGAGUCUUUGUGUCAUGAAAGGGAGGUCUGUUGCACUUAUUCCAGGCCCUGUCAAAUUUACUACACCGUCAUGGUAGAGGAUCCACGCUCGGAGGAGAUGAGAGAAAUCAACCUGCGAAUUCGAAUCAUGGAUGUCAAUGACCAUGUUCCGCGCUUUCGUCAUCCGAACGGACAGGUUGUUAAGGUCCCUGAAAACGCUCCGAUCGGCACUUCAAUCGAUAUUGAUCGCGCAGUUGAUGGUGAUUGGUCGCUGGAGAACCAGAUUCAACGAUACGCACUCCAUGGCUCGGAUAUCCAACGCUACUUCGAAAUUGACAAUUCUAAUCUGCUGAAUAUCCAGUUAAAAUUGCGCGAGCAACUGGAUUACGAGAAGCAGUCGGUCUUCAAGGGAACUCUUGAAGCCUGUGAUCGACAUAACUGCACUACUUCUCCUUUGACAAUUAACGUAAUUGAUGUUAAUGACAACUUUCCAUUCUUCCAUCCCCCCUUGGAACAUAACCUAACUCUUCCCGAAGACACACCAAGUGGAAGAGUUAUUCUGCAGCUCAAUGCGACAGAUUAUGACUCACCACCGAAUGCUCGAAUGCGUUUUGAGUUCUUAGGUGCUGAGGAUCCCUCCAUUUUGUCAACCUUUCAUUUGGACCCACUCACGGGAGCCAUUUCCCUAGCUCGCAGACUUCAGGCUGAUGUUCGAUUGAACUAUCAUUUCAAAGUUCGUGUGAAAGAAGCACUCGACUCUGCGCCAGUCGGAGCUUACGAAAAACCCUUCCUUUUCAACGACCUUCAACGCCAAGACACGGUCAGCGUCAACGUUCGAGUAGAGGACAUCAAUGACUUUGCUCCAGAUAUUCGGAUGGUUAUUCCGCCCGAGGGUUCAGAGGUUUGGAUUCUUGAAAACUCGUCUCCUAGCAGGAUUGUCACUCUGAAGGUUGAGGACAGGGACUUGGGCGACAAUGGUCGUGUCACUUGUAGUCUGGACGGUUCUAGCGAAAGUUUUGAGCUUCGGCAACUUGUUCCUUCCAUCUACGCCCUUCACAGCCGACGCAGUUUCGAUGCGGAAGCUGAGCCAAUCGUAUUUGUCAACAUAACCUGUUCAGAUAGAGGCACUCCAAGACCAAAGAGUACACAAAAACAAAUUGUUGUUCGAAUUGACGACGAAAAUGAGUUUGAACCAGUGUUCAUGAAGAAAGAGUACUCUGCCAAAAUUACUGAAAAUGCUCCGAACAACACUUUUGUUCUCCAGGUUAUUGCGCGAGAUGGGGACCAAUCGGCUCAACUUGAGUACAGUUUGAAGGGCGACGGGGAUCGCUACUUCAAGAUCGAUCCAGGCACAGGGAAAAUAACAACUAUGGAACACGAAAUGUCUCAAAUGGGUCGACUUGAUCGUGAAAUGACACCUGAAGUGACGUUCUUCGUUCUCGUCAAAGAUGCUAAACCCAACAGACCGGUGGGUAGAGAUGAUGGUCAUAAAGGUCCCGGAGUGAUUCAUACCGCGCAGACGACUGUCACAGUGGAACUGAUCGACGAGAAUGACAAUGCACCCUCCUUUACAGAUAUUGGUCCCUUCCAUCUGCCAGAAAAUCAUCCCAAACACUCGAAAGUUAAUGGGCAUCUACAUGCUGAAGAUCCAGAUCAGGGACUCAAUGGCAAGGUGAAAUAUGGGCUUCAAGAUGUGUGGGACUCAUCGAACCACGUGAGAAAACACAACCUCUUUCAACUAGAUGAAACUACCGGAGUUUUGAGAGCUCUGGAACCACUGGAUCGCGAGCAGACAAAUGAGUACACACUCCGUGUGGUAGCCUGCGAUAUGGCACCUCGCGACACCCGUUGCACUAGUGUCAAUGUCACGGUGUCUGUGGGAGAUGUUAAUGACAACGCCCCAGAAUGGCUCUUCCCGGUUGUCAGUGAUGAAGCUUCUGCGGACUCCGCAGAAUGCGUCAAUAUUACAACAGAUGCUGUAGCUGGGCAGGUAGUGGCCCAGCUAGUAGCUCAUGAUAGGGACGCUGGUCAGAAUGGAAAAGUUCGUUAUGCUCUUCACGACCCUCAUAGUCAGGUGGCAUUUUCGGUUAAUGCUACGACGGGUCAAGUCACCGUUGCCAAUCGGUACUAUACCGGAUUGACAGAAUCCAGUUUAUCUCAACAGCAACAGCAGCAGACGCUACAACCGGGCGUCCAUCGUCUUAGAAUUCGAGCUUCAGAUAUGGGACAGCCUCCCCAAUUCUCCGACACUUGGCUCACGAUUCGCGUCGUGGGGGCAAGUUCAAGUUUCUUCAGCCUACAAACCGGUUUACUGGUUCUUCUGGUCCUUGUGACUCUUAUAAUUGCGGUCAGUUUGAUCGUUGCCAUUGUUUGCAUUCGCAGACAGCAUUCCGCAAACUGCAAAUCACGUCAACAGAUCGUUCCAACACCAUCUCAUGCAGCCAGUUACAUUCUUCCAGCAACUCAUCCUCAUUCGGACUAUCCCACCUUCCUGAAACAGACUGGCAGUGGACCCGCCUAUAUGCUAGCAAAGACAACUGCAGGAAGUAUCUGUUCCAGCGAUCACUGUGAAGGCAGUGGUGGUGGAAAUUGCCCAAUCACUGAUCUGGGAGUUACGGAGUUCUAUGCUCCCUACGGUCUUUCAACAAGUGGUACUCAAGGUGACGAUCAAGUGAGAUUUGUUGAGGUCGAUCCUACCGCAAUGACUGGAAGUCCAGCAGCAUAUUUAUCUUUUGCUCGAAGCGAAGUUGGGUCGAGUGCCUCACCAGGAGUGAGACUGGUUAGCACCUACCAUCCUGUGGCAUAUAACACCUGUGAUUCCAUCAGUCCUCUACCCGCCAUAUCUUCAGGGACUCCUGCCCCCGCACAGUCAGCUCAGGGCAUGCUCAAAUUCAGACAGCGCCACAUCACAACUGGACUUGACGGUACACCUGGGCGGACCUGGGAGCUCUUGCUGACCUUUAUUGGUUGGUUGGACAUAACGCACACUAAGCCUCUCAAAUCCUGUGGGAAUGGUGGUGGCACUGUUGGUUUUUUGGAAGUUGGGACAUCAGGCUCUCCGGAAUUCCUCACUUCUGGUCGGGGCAAUACCGAAGAAGUUUUUGAACUUUCAGAGACUUCAGGAGGCCGGUACGCGGUUCCUGGCCAUGUGCACUCCUCCCACCACCACCCCCUUGCCUCCUCUGAACAGUUUGAAGGUGGUUCCGCAGAUUCUGGCAGGGGUGUGAGUGAGGAUGAACCUCCAUCGGCUCACAUUAUCCAUUGUAAUGGAAGUUCUGACUGCCUCCCGCUUUCCAAUACAUCAACACUCUUUUGUCAGAAUCUUGGAGCUCUGCAUAGGCCUUCCACUUUCCUUGGAAACGGUGGUGGCGGGGUUGGCCUACAGGAGGAACGUGGUCAUCCUACAGGGGUCCACUUAAUCAUCCUCUGGGGUCUGCGCUAA